AUGGGGAAUAAGUGCUGUUCGCAUGAGAAUCCCAAUAAACGGGUUGUCCCCACAAACAACAAUGGCCACAAGAAGCAGAACUUUUUCACGGCGCUCUUCGCAAAGAGCCGAUUGGACGCUUCGACGUUGGCACACAGUUUCCCACCACCGGUAGGUUGUAAAUUUACAAUUUGUGUUAAUGUUAGUAAUUUUUUAUUUUUGCGGAAAAUUAAUGAAUGUUUUUAGCCUUUAUGUUUGCUAGUUUUUUAUGUCGUAAAAGUUUUUUUUGCAAGAAAUUCUUUUAUUUUUUCAAAUUUUUUCAGGUUGGCGGAGAAAUGCCUGGAGGGGAAUCCUUCUACAAAGAGCCUCGUCGAGAGCCGGAGCCUCGAAAAGAUUCACAACUACUCAACAAAUACGAGGUGAUAUCAAUAAUCGGGAAAGGGUCGUUCUCUCAAGUCCUCAGGGUCCAACAUCGCCUUACAAAACAGUUUUACGCCGUCAAAUUGGUCAGCUCAGACUCUGGUAAGGCUUUCGAGUGCAUUUUUUUUAUAGAAAUUCACUUUUGGAGGGGUGCAGAAUUGUGAAACGGAAAUUUUUUUUGCACAGUGCCAAAAUGUUUUGUCCGCGCACGAAAAUUCCAUCGCACUGUGCAAUUUUCUUUUAAAACUUUUUGCACUGUGCAGUCGAAAAAUAAUUUCUAUUUUAAAAAUUUUUUUUUCACCUUCAUAUUUCAGACAUCAACGCUGUGAACAACGAAUUAUCGAUAUUGAGCAGAGUCCAACAUCCGUUUGUGAUCAGAUUAGAAGAGGUCUUACGAGGAGCCAAUAAGCUGUUCAUUGUUAUGGAAAUGGCUUCUGGAGGGGAGAUGUACGAUCGAGUGGUGUCGAAAGGACGUUAUACAGAGACUGAAGCCAGGUCAGAAAUAUUUUUGAAAUUGCUUUUGAGAUUUAUAAAAAAAUUUUUUUUGAAUUUUAAUUUUUUGCACGGUGCAGCAGAAAAAAAAAAUUUGGAAAUUUUAUAAACAUUUAUUUUUAGACAAGCCCUUCGGAUGCUUCUAAACGGCCUAGCCUAUCUUCACGACAUGAAAAUCACUCAUCGUGACCUUAAACCCGAGAAUCUUCUCUAUUCCGACACUCGGCCGGACGCUCGCCUUCUUAUCACCGACUUCGGCCUGGCCAGUCAAGCCAAACAACCCGGAGAAAAAAUGACUGAGACCUGUGGAACCCCCGAAUAUAUUGCUCCGGAAGUUUUGCUGCGGGUACCCUACACGGAUCGGGUGGAUAUGUGGGCAGUGGGGGUGAUUGCCUACAUUCUGAUGUCGGGUAUUAUGCCGUUUGAUGAUGAUGUCAGAUCGAGGUUGUAUACGCAUAUUAUUACCGCCAAUUACGUGUAUUAUCCACAGGUGAGUCGGAAGGGUUUCAAUUUUUUUUAUUCGCUCUGUGCGGAGCAUUUAUCUUUUUUGACCGCACAGUGCAAUUUAUUGCACAGUGCAAUAUGUCGUACAACAUAGUAAAAAAAGAGAAUAAGAAAAAAAUUGUUUCGUAUUUUACCUUCACUUUUUCAGUACUGGUCCGGUGGUGAGCAUGCCAAAAUGUUCGUCGAUUCCUUGUUGGAAUUGAAUCCAGAUGUGAGGUUAACGGCGAUUGAUGCCUUGAGGCACGAUUGGAUUUUGGGAGAGAAUAAAAUCAAUCUCAAUGUCAGUAUCAAAGCCAGACCGGCUUCGGAGUUCAAUUCCAUGCAAAGGGUAAGCCUUCGGGAAAAUAAGAUAGGGCGCAGGUCGCCACGACUAAUAUUGAAAAUUUUUAACCUAGGGCCUUUCAAAGCAAUCAAUUUUCUGUUUUUUCCGAAUAAUGUAACAAAUUAAAAUUCAAAAUAUUUUAGACAAAAUCCACACGUUCGAUCCGCUCGGUCACCAGAUCUGACCAUGGCCACCGUGUUGAUCCACGCGAAGUGGACAAACUUUCCCGCGAACUCCAACGUCUGGCCAAGACUCGGACCCGGGACUCAAGUGCCUACGAACAACAGACCAAAAACUACGGUGUCCUCUAA